AUGGCGUUCUACUACCUCAACAUGUACGCUGUACGGUUGGCCGUACUGAACGGCAUCAAUAACGUCUUUCAAGACGAGGACAUUCAGGUUGUUGAUACCCCCAAGCGGCGGGAGCUUCUGAGGGCGAUGGCUUCCUCCGUCGAAGCCUGUGUUCAUAUUUCUGAGUCUGCCGUUGUAUCGGCUAUUGACGAAGAGACAGAGGGUGAUAGCGGCGUACGCGAUGAAAGUUUGAGCGGUGUGGACGACACAGUGAUUGUUCGCUCCUCGGCCGUUCUCUUGAAUAUUGAGCAAAGCGACCCGGCGGUUGUUUACGGAGGUAAUAGAUGCUAUGGCUGCCACUAUCGGAGAGAUGCGGCCGGGGCAGGACAAUGA